ACCAUUACACGCCGUCGGUAAACAUCCCCAUCGCUGCGCCACUGCACACACAUCCAACCGGCCAGUUUUAUUACCCGCGUAUUUACCAUUUUCUCCCCGCUUUUAAAAUCCACUUCGCGUGUACCGCGUUCUUACCUGGACGGCACACAUUCCGACAGCUGAACGUUUUCCAAUCGGAAAUAAAUUAUAUUAUUUUCGGACUGAUUUAUUACCAUGGGAAAACGCAAGAUCUCCGACAGCGCUAAUUAUCUGUAUUCUCCUUGCAACUAUAACAAUCAGGAUUUAUCGCCGGAAACCGUCCUCGAUCGGCAUUAUCUGGUGGUUAAAGAAGCGUCAGACGAAGUGCGACGGGAUUUCUUUUGGAUCGAAAAUAUCCGUUACGGUUCAACAUGGGAGGAUUCAAUGGAUGUGUACUCGUACCAACAGGAAAUCAUUGCCGGUCGACCCAUAUUUGUUUACGUGCACGGCGUCUACGGAUUGGAUUUGUGUAAGGAUGUUAGUGCCUUUAUGGGACGGAUGAUCUGCGAGAAUGGCGGGGUGCUGGUGGUCGUCGGGCACAGAAUUUCCAACAGCCGACCCAAUGAUCAAACCGUUUCAGUGGAAAAUGCGUGUUCAGAAUUAUCAGCGGCAAUGGAAACGAUCCUUCAGAUGGCUACACGCUUGAAGAGCAGUGGAAUCCUCAUGUGCGGUCACUCGUGGGGAGCCCACCUCCUGGGCAUGAUGCUCAGCGCUAAUUAUCCGCCGCUUGUGCAGAAAAAUUUCCACCUGAUCAAAGCGAUAUGGCUCGUUGGCGGAGUUUACAACUUGAAGCCGUUGACCAAAACCUAUCAUAACGGCUAUUUACAACUAACCAAUGAAGAAAUUACCAACUGCAGCCCGGUGAGCAGCAUCUGCGUCAAGCAGCUCAGCCGAAACUUCAAAGCCUCCAAAGAUACCGUCUUCAACGUCUGCGUCGCGCAGUUUGACUCGCCGGUUCUCAACGACGAAGCGGAAGAGUACUUUCUGGCACUGAAGAAACGCUUAGAGAAACAGAAAGGCAUGAAAGUGGAGCUAACACAGUUCCUCGGACGCGACCAUUUCCAGGUGGUGGAAAACCUCCUCGAUCCGCAUGACGGUUUCACACAAGAAAUUCUGGCCAGCAUGAUCCCCCUGCGACCCACACUGAAGGAACCCGGCAAGUACGCCGUCAUUUCACUAGAACGGGAGAUUCUGCCGCUUAGCCACCAAGGAUCCACAUCGAGCUUCUGAGCAGCCGUUUUUGCUUGUUAGAUGACAAAGCUUUGUGUAUUGCGGUGCGCGUGCAUUCCUGAAGGAACAUGGGGCUGGCAUACUAUUUGCGCUUAAACUGGUAUUUCUCGCAGUGUUUUUCUGAUAAUUCUUUACAGUAUCAUCUAGCAUUCUGCUUUAAAAUUAUGCGUGGAAAUAGGUAAAAAUAAGCAUUUUGACCCGAAACUUUACUAUAAUGGAGCAUAAAUUUAUUAAUG